AGCCGCGGCAUAAGACAAAUAAUAAUAAUAAUAAUAAACCGGCACAAACUCAAGAGGGUGCUACCUUUAGCGGUUUGAACCCUAAUUAUUAUGUGCAAGUAAUUACAUUAAAAAACAAUUAGGUGUCGACGGGGUUGAAAGCAUUUUGAUUGGUGCAUCCGAAAAUCGCUCAAAAUCCACGGGAUGGGCCUAUUGGUCAAUUUUUUCUUCCUUUAAAAAUGCACUCUUUGUUAUUUCCAUUUUAAAAAUGACUACUUGAAAAACAGAAAUUAGUGUCGAAAAGGCGGAAGUUGUGGGUCGGUGUUGGAUCGUUGCGGAACAACACAGAGAAAAACUCAGAUGUUCUGCGGUCAAAUCUCAGCCCGUUGGCAAAGUGACAGCGGGCACGUGACUGUAACGUCGGCGGGUGUCACAGCUGAAGUUCGCUGCGCUGCGCUGCUUCGUGACGUGGAACACAGCUGAAGUCCGCCGGGUGCCGCAGCCUGCAGGCCCGCAGACGUGUCGUGUGUGUGUGAGUCGGUCUGACUGUUCACAGAUCAGCAGGGCAGCUCCUACCGCGACGCUUCCUACACAGCCGCAGAUCUGGGGGCCCUGGGAGAGGGGAAGAUGCUGCAGGGGCCGUCAGGAGACAGCAGUGACUCCAGGUUCACUCCGCUGGUGGUGGUGGAGCUGGCCUCAGACACCAAGGAGGAAGCCGUUGCAUGGCUACUGAGCAGGAUAAGAGACCAACAACAGAAUGGAGGCGCCGAGCUGCUGGUGGAGCAGCUGGGCCCUGGAGUCGGGGCUCGGGAGAAGGAAAACCCCAACAUGUUCCUGGUGGGGGCUACAUGGCAGAGGCUGCUCUCUGGUGCUGAGGAUGUGGGCCUCUUCAAGGAGUUCAGUGAUGGAUCCAUGAGAGGCUUCACCUGUGCCAACAAACACAACUUCAAAGACUUUAAAGGGGAUGGGGAUGACUUCCUCAGUAUGGCUGAGUGUCAGUACAUCAUUAAACAUGAGUUGGACACAUUAAGAGCCAAAGAUGAGACUCAUGUACCAGGACACUCCCAGGCCAAGCUCUACCCCGGGAAAUCUAUCAUUCGCAGACUGCAGUCCAAGGGGAUCCUGAUCCAAAUUUUUCCUCUCCAUGAAAAGGAGGAACUGAAGAGACUGUCUUUUUCUUGGUACAGAAAGGUGAAGCUGUCCCUUCAGCCUCUUGACGACAUCAGACACUACUAUGGUGAGGGUCAGGCCCUGUACUUUGGUUUCCUGGAGUACUUUACCUUUGCACUGGUGCCUAUGGCUCUCAUUGGAGUGCCUUACUAUCUGUUCGACUGGGAGGACUACGACAAAUAUGUUGUCUUUGCUGUGUUCAACGUGGUCUGGUGCACUGUUAUCCUGGAGUUAUGGAAGCGCUGCAGCGCCUCACUGGCCUACAGGUGGGGCACACUGAGCAGAAAGAAGGCCUUUGAAGAACCUCGGCCUGGUUUCCACGGCGUCCUCGGGUUCAACCCUGUGACGGGCCGCGAGGAGCCUCUCUACCCCAACGCCAAGAGGCAGCUGCGUAUCUACCUUGUGUCCCUGCCCUUCGUCCUGCUCUGCCUCUACGCGUCCCUCUAUGUCAUGAUGAUCUACUUUCAGAUGGAGGGAUGGGCACUGUCAGUCCACGACGAGGCCACAUUCUGGACAGGAAUACUGUUGUUCAUCCCCAGUAUUAUCUACGCCGUGGUCAUAGAGAUUAUGAACCUCAUCUACAGAUAUGCUGCUGAGUUCCUCACCGAGUGGGAAAAUCACAGGCUGGAGUCUUCCUAUCAGAAUCACUUGGUCCUCAAAGUAUUAGUAUUCAACUUCUUCAACUGUUUCGCCUCGCUGUUCUACAUCGCCUUUGUCAUGCAGGACAUGGUGCUCCUCAGACAGAGUCUGGCCACCUUGUUGAUCACCAGUCAGAUCUUGAAUCAGUUCAUGGAGGCCUUCCUGCCCUACUGGCUCCAGAGGAGACGCAACAAGAAGAUGAUCCGCAAAAUCCAAAAGAGAAGAACUCUGGAGGAAAAAGAGCUUCCUCUGCCGGCGCAGGUCUGGCUGGAGGCCGACAUGAGUACGUACCUGGGUACAUUUGAUGACUACCUGGAGCUGUUCCUGCUGUUUGGUUACGUCAGUCUGUUCUCCUGCGUCUACCCUCUGGCUGCUGUCCUGGUGGUGUUGAACAACAUCACCGAGGUUUACUCCGACGCCUUCAAGAUGUGUCGUGUGUUCAAACGACCCUUCUCUGACCCGGCAGCAAACAUAGGAGUCUGGCAGCUCGCCUUUGAGGCCAUGAGUGUGAUAGCUGUUGUGACCAACUGUGCGCUGAUCGGCAUAUCUCCGCAAGUCAAGGCUUACUUCCCCGACUCAGAGACACAGCUCAUACUGUGGACAGUGGCUAUUGAGCAUGGUCUGCUGGCCUUCAAGUUCAUCCUGUCCUUCCUCAUCCCAGAUGUUCCCAAACACAUCCGGAUCAAACAGGCCCGCCUGGAGUUUGAAUCACUGGAGGCCCUCAAGAAAAAGAGACAGCUCCAUGGAGGAAAAUGCUGGAAGCCUCGGGGCUCAGUAAGACCAUCCAGUGAGGAGGAGAGGAGGGCCUACAGGUACUGAUGGAGCGCCAGCAGCCGCUUCACACAGCUUUAACAGAUCCCACUGUUGUUUACACCGACACACAUUCACAUGUAUGUACUGAGACACGACGACAUGUUAUGUUUGGACUUUGUGUGGCUGAUUUUAAUGCAAUAGCCCCACUACAUUACUGAAGGAGGUGAGUUUACUGUAAAAACUGGCCUUUUAUUUUUCCAUGAGCUGAAGAGCAGACCACUGUUUUAGCAGCAUAGCUGUGUUCUACGUGUGUUGUGUUGGUCUCUAAAUAAGGUGUAUUGUAAAGAGGUCUUAUUUAGGGGGGGGUAAAUGGGAUACAUUUGGUAAAAAGCCAGGUGUUCAAAUCACAGAAGAAUGCUGUAUUAUGCCGUAUUAUACUGUAGCAAAUACUGAUUUUAUGUCCAUGACUGUUAUAAAAGUUUUUUUCCUGUUAUAUAUGUGUUCUGUUCUUCAGCCACUGAAGUCACUUUGGGUUGGGUUUAAUCAAUAAUGUGGUUUGAGAUUAUGCAAAUUUUAAAGCUUGUCCACUUACAAUUAAGAUUACUGAGUUAUAACCCUACAGGGUGAUGGCGUAUACACGGUAAACACACUUCACCAAAGACUCCAUCUAAUAAUCUACUGGCUGAAAUGACAGUAUAACAACUGAUGCUGACUAUCUUUCAAUAUUAAAGCUGCUUGUAAUGUGACAACAUAUUCUCAUCUUGAGUUCUGCACUCUAAGUAUGGAAGCAAAUAAUGGCCAUAAAGGCUUAAAUCUUAUAAGCAACCAAACGCCUAAUAGUGAAAUUUAAUUACUACUAAAUACUUAGUGUUAAAUAUCGCUGACUGUAUAGCACUGAAAUAUUUUACGUUGAAAAUCAUCUAUCUGCAUUUAUGUUGUCUGAGUUCCCCUCUUUGAAAGAAGUGGUGAAACUUCAAAAACUGAAUUUUAAGUUGUUGUUGUUGUUCACAAAUUCAGAUAGAAAAUUCAAUUGUCCAAUGUAAAAAUAAAAAAAACUAUAUUGAAGUUGCUCAAACUGUGUUGGUCAUUUUCAGAUUAUUUAUUUAUUUAUUUUUACUCAAAUCAAAAGUCAAGAUUAAAAAUUCAAACUUGAACAAGAAAAGGCAGUGAAGCCUGAAUGGAACCGAUCAGACAUCUGUCCUGUCAGGUUACAGUCUGUUAGUCAUGUGAUCCAAGAAAAAUAGUGAGUGGAAAAUCCGAGUUUUUGACAUAGCAAAAAUUGGAAUUGCCUUCUGGGAAUUCAAACCACAUAAAUUCAUAUAGAUGGUUUUCAAAGUAAAAUGUUUAAUUCCAUAAAUUUAGUGUUAUUUAAAUAUCAACACUGAGUAUUAAGUAGUGAUUAAAUCUUACAGUGAGGUAGUCAAAUAACAUGGCUUUUUUUUUUGCUUCCAUAGACAAGAGAUCAUGACAAAUGUUGAUUUUGUUGUUGUUGCUGUCUUAUCUUAGCAUGUGACGUGACCCAGGUAUUAUCCUAUAACUAGUAUCAGUUAGUAAUAAUAUAAGUUUGUUACUUCCAGUGUAGAUGAAUAUGACUUGAAGUUAAAACCAUGCACUCCUGUAACACCCCUGGUGCCUUGAAAUGCAAUGCCUAUCUGAAUAUUUGUUUUUAUAUGCUCUACACACACAGUCCACUGAUAUUUACAUUACCGAAUGUAUUAAAACUGUUGUGGAGAAUAAAGUAUAUUGAAACCUUA